UUUACUGCAAAGUGUGAGCUGCAUGUUAGAGCUCACCAACAUAAAGACAGAGAACGUGACUCCUAUCAUCACCAACCGUCUUGUACUUGGACUCAAACAUUAAACUGAUCGUAUCCUCUCCCAUUGGAGAGAUCUUAAAAGCCUAUGGCAAAGCAAGAUUUGGGAAAAGAGCCUAUGAUCCACUGAAAGAAGCCCGUGUGAUAAAAGAUACGCCUUCGAAUCAGGAAACUCCAAAUAGUUGCAAGACAAGAAAACAGCAGCAGCUCUCGUCCUCCUCAACCAUGAAUUUUGAUUCAAAUUUAAAGGUGGAAAUCAUAUCUGCACUUUUUGGACAGAUCCUGACGCACUAUGACAAGUCACAGGGAAAAAGGAAGAACAUUUUGUCUGUUGAUGAAUUUCACAUCCACAACCUCACUGGAAAGAGAAAAUCUCACAUGAAAGGAUUGUGCAUCAAUGUGGAUGAGUUUUUUGACGCCGAGUUUGACUGCGACUUCAGAAAUCUCUCAGAUUCUCGUCAGUAUAUGAGAGGAGAUGAGCCCUACGACCGGCCAGAGGGUUGGUACCGCAUGGCUCUAAAGGUCAAAGGUAAAUAUCCAGACGGGGAUGCCUGGUUGGGCACUGAGGGACGGAGGAGACACUCCGUACCUGGGGAAUGGCCUGUGUCUUACCAUGGAACAAGCAUAGACGGAGCUAAAGGCAUCAUCAGGAGUCACUAUAAAGCAGGAGAAAGGGCUUUAUAUGGAAGAGGAAUCUACUCAACACCAGAUAUACAUGUCGCUGAGAGAGAGGAGUACGCCAAGACGUUCAAGUCUAAGACGACGGGGAAAAGUUACAAAAUCAUCCUGCAGAAUCGAAUUAAUCCUCAAAUGAGACAGAUUUGCUCCAGGAGGGACUACUGGCUUACCCCCAUUCGUAAAGGAGUGUCUACAGAGGAGGAGAGAAAGAUAGUGGAGAGCUCUAUUCGACCUUAUGGCAUUCUGAUUAAGGAGCUAAAUGAUGCUGAUGACGAUGGUGACGGCGGACACAUUGACGAUGAUGAUGGGGAUGAAGAUUACAAUGAUCAAUAUGACGACAGUGGGGACAGUAACAGUGAUGAUGAUGAUGAUAAUGAUUGUAAUGAUGAUGAUUAUAUUGACACCAAUGAUGGAUUUGAGGAUUGUGAUGAAGAUGAAAAUAAUUACAAUGAUGAUGAUGAUGAUGAUGAUGAUGAUGAUGAUGAUGAUGAUGAUGAUAAUGAUUGUAAUGAUGAUGAUUAUGUUGACACCAAUGAUGGAUUUGAGGAUUGUGAAGAAGAUGAAAAUGAUUACAAUGACGGUGAUGAUGAUGAAGAUGAUUGUAAUGAUGAUGAUGAUAAUGAUUGUAAUGACGAUGAUUAUGUUGACACCAAUGAUGGAUUUGAGGAUUGUGAAGAAGAUGAAAAUGAUUACAAUGACGGUGAUGAUGAUGAUGAUGAUGAUGAUGAUGAUGAUGAUUGUAAUGAUGAUGAUGAUGAUGAUGAUGAUGAUGAUGAUGAUGAUGAUGAUUGUAAUGACGACGAUUGUGUUGACACCAAUGAUGGAUUUGAGGAUUGUGAAGAUGAAAAUGAUUACAACAAAGGUGAUGAUGAUGAUAAUGAUGAUGAUGACAACAGUGUUGAGUAUGUUGACAGUGAUAUUGACCACACAGGUGAAUAUGAUGAUGAAGAUGAAAACAAAGACGACUGUAAUGAUUAUGAUGAUUAUGAUGGUGACAGUUACACUGGUGACUAUGAUGGUGGUGAUCUUGACUACAAUGAUGGAUAUGAUGAAGAUUAUGGUGAAUAUGACUAUUAACAACACCAUAAUGUCCCUAAAUAAUUGAAAGGACUUCCUGUAAAUUCCUGGUUGAUGCUAUAGACACUUAUUCAAGUUCUGUGUCUUUUUUGUAUUAAUAAAUCGAUAUUGUUUGGUAGUAUUAAGGGUACAGUUUCAAUCAUUUGUACAUGUUUGUGUUGUACUCAUAUCUGGACAUUUGUUGACGUUAUAUGAUAGACAUGUUGCCAACAAAAUGUGCAAUGCAGUCACUUUAAUUAACACAUUCUGGCAAAAGGUCAAAAACAACAACUGUGAAUGUUGGGUUCACUUCAGAGUAGAAGUGAAAAAAACUUAAAGUGAGUUUUGAGAAAUAAACAGGAAAGCUGAAUUACUGUGUAUUAGUUUAGUUAGUACCAGAGACACACCUCUUAAUAUGUAGUUCUGAUAGUUCUGGUCAGCCUCUGCUCCCACUUUGAUGAGACACGUCAGACCCUCCGCCAUCACAAACUCAUGGACCAGGUCCUUGUCAUCCUG